UUUGGGUUCAUUUUCCUUUUUUCUUUCAUUUUCUUGAGCGUUAUAUAAAUCCGCAAUCUUUUUUAUUUUCCUUUUUGUCACUUUUUCCUUUUUCUCUCGUCACCACCACCACACUCCACUUUUCUCUAUAAAUUUAUACAACAGCCCGGCUUGUUGUCAUUCAAGAUGGAUAUUAUUGACGUUGACAUUGGCACCCUCGACUCUUGGAUUGAGCAGCUUUUUGAGUGCAAGCAGCUGAGCGAGACCAGCGUGAAGAACCUGUGCUCAAAGGCCAAAGAGGUGCUCAUGCGGGAAUCCAACGUCCAGCCCGUGCGCUGCCCAGUCACUGUGUGCGGAGACAUUCACGGCCAGUUCCACGACCUCGUCGAGCUGUUCAAAAUUGGCGGCAACUCGCCUGACACAAACUACCUGUUCAUGGGUGACUAUGUCGACCGCGGCUACUACUCGGUCGAGACCGUCACCCUACUCGUUGCCAUGAAGAUCCGCUACCCCGAGCGCAUCACUAUUCUGCGCGGCAACCACGAGAGCCGGCAGAUUACCCAGGUGUACGGUUUCUACGAUGAGUGCCUGCGUAAAUACGGCAACGCCGAGGUUUGGAAGCACUUCACCAACCUCUUUGACUACCUGCCCCUGACGGCGCUCAUUGAGGAGCAGGUGUUCUGCCUGCACGGCGGCCUGUCGCCGUCCAUCGACACUCUGGAUCACAUUCGCUCACUGGACCGCGUGCAGGAGGUGCCUCAUGAGGGCCCAAUGUGCGACCUGCUGUGGUCGGACCCUGAUGACCGCUGCGGCUGGGGCAUCUCCCCCCGCGGUGCUGGCUACACCUUCGGCCAAGACAUCUCGGAGGCGUUCAACCACAACAACGGGCUCAGUCUGAUUGCCCGCGCCCACCAGCUGGUCAUGGAGGGGUACAACUGGAGCCAGGAGAAAAACGUUGUCACCAUAUUCAGCGCGCCCAACUACUGCUACCGCUGCGGCAACCAGGCUGCCAUCAUGGAGAUCGACGAGAACAUGAAGCACACAUUCCUCCAGUUCGACCCAGCUCCCAGACGCGGCGAGCCCCAUGUCACGCGCAAGACGCCCGACUACUUCCUCUAAAAUACUUUUACAAGACCAUUUUGGCCCGCAGCGCCAAGCUUUCUACUCCUUUUCUCUCACUUUUAUUGACAUUAACCCCCUAUUCGCACACAUUUAUAAAUA